UGCCCCAGUGCAGUGUAGUCAGUGCAGCAGCAGUUCGGACCGGCUUAUAUAAAAAUCACAUUUCAUUUCUAAAACCAUUUUUUUUGCUUCUUAAAAAAGAGUAACACACACAAUGGCUCUCACCAACAAGAACAUCAUCUUUGUGGCCGGUCUGGGCGGCAUUGGUCUGGACACCAGUCGCGAAUUGGUCAAACGGGAUCUCAAGAACUUGGUGAUCCUGGAUCGUAUUGACAAUCCUGCUGCCAUUGCUGAACUGAAGGCAAUCAAUCCCAAAGUGACAGUUACCUUCUAUCCCUAUGAUGUUACCACACCCUUGACAGAGACUACCAAAUUGUUGAAGACCAUUUUCGCCCAAUUGAAGACUGUCGAUGUCCUGAUCAAUGGAGCUGGCAUUUUGGAUGAUCAUCAGAUUGAGCGUACCAUUGCUGUGAACUUCACUGGUUUGGUCAAUACCACCACAGCCAUUUUGGACUUCUGGGACAAGCGUAAGGGUGGACCAGGUGGUGUCAUCUGCAACAUUGGCUCUGUGACCGGUUUCAAUGCCAUCUACCAGGUCCCUGUCUAUUCCGCAUCCAAAGCAGCUGUUGUUAGCUUCACUCAAUCCAUUGCCAAAUUGGCCAAUGUUACGGGUGUGACUGCAUUUACCGUGAAUCCUGGUAUUACCAAGACUACAUUGGUCCACAAAUUCAACUCCUGGUUGGAUGUGGAGACCCGUGUGGCCGAGAAAUUGCUUGAGCAUCCCACCCAAACAACUUUGGCCUGCGCCCAGAACUUUGUUAAGGCCAUUGAAUUGAACAAGAACGGUGCCAUCUGGAAAUUGGAUUUGGGCACAUUGGAACCCAUCGAAUGGACCAAGCACUGGGAUUCGGGCAUUUAAAUUUUAAUUGGACCACAUCAACAAACAAACAAAAAACAAUUCCAGUUUUUAGUCUUACAGGGUAAUCAAUUACAGAAACCCAAUUCUCGUUUUUUCGUUAUAUUUUGAAGGCUGAUUUGAUAAUCGAUCACACACACACAUACAAGCAUACGCAAAUGUAUGUAUGUGCACAUAAACACAUUCUGUUAUUUUGAAUUAUAAUAUUAAAUAAUAAUAUUAAUAAAAUUUUAUGAGAAAUUUUUAACCCAAAAAA